GCCGACGUUUCCAGAUGAUGGUCCGAUUAUUCCGUUCGCCAAACACUUGGAAACGGAAAAGUGGAUUUCCACCCGCCCCCGCGUGUCUCAGAUGAAAACGGAUAGUAGUUAAAAGGCGACUACAGAUGUUCAUCUCUCAGCAUCCACGCCAACGAUGUACGCCAAACUGCUUCUGCUCGUCCUCCAGGGCGCGGCAACUUAUGCCGCUGACCCCAUCAAGUUCACCUCCGAAGGAAACCCCAUCCUGGCCGAUGGAUCGUACUACUCCGCUGACCCGGCGCCGCUUGUCGUCAACAACACGCUGUACAUCAUCGCCGGACACGAUGAGGCGCCGGUGGAAGAAAACUCGUUCGUCAUCAAUGAAUGGGAGUUGUUCGUUGGGGAGAAUCCCAAACCAUCAGGCAGUGAAUGGACUCUUCACCCCGGAUUCGCCAAGCCGCACGAGAUCUUCAAAUGGGCAGCAGAGGGAACUGCUUAUGCCGCCCAAAUCGUCCAGGGUCCGGACGGCAAGUUCUAUCUGUACGCGCCCGUGACCGAAGCCAACUCCCAGAACACCGACCCCUUCGCCAUUGGUGUUGCUGUUGCGGACAGCCCGCUCGGCCCUUACACUGAUGCACACCCCGACGGGCCCAUCCUGUCGCAGUCGGUCCCGGCACCAGGCAACGACAUCCAGAACAUCGACCCUACCGUUCUCGUCGACGGCGAAAAGGUGUAUGUCUACUACGGAACCUUCAAUCAGCUUCGCGGUUAUGAGUUGGACACCGACAUGGUUACUACCAAAGGCGACGUCGUCACCGUAGACAGCCUGACAGGUUUCUUCGAGGCUCCGUGGAUCAUGAAGCGCAAGGACACCUACUACAUGCUCUACGCGGCCAACAAUGCCGGUGCAGACUCUCCCUGCACCCCCACGUCCUACCACGCCUGUAUCGCCUACGGCACCGCCUCCUCCCCGCUCGGCCCCUGGACCUUUGGUGACGUCAUCCUGGGCCUCGUGUCCUCGACCACCUCGCACUCGGGCGCUGUUGAGCUCGACGGCGAAUGGUACAUGAUUUACCACACAGCCGACGCCGAGGGUGGUGGCCACUUCCGCCGCAGCGUCGCCUUCGACAAACUCACCUUUGACGACAGCCAGUCUCCGCCUGCCAUCAACAAGGUCGUCCAGACGAAGCGUCCCGACCCCGACGCGAAGCCUACGCGCAACAUUGCGCCCAAGGCGACCGCGAGCUCCGAAAACGAGACCCCCAUCCAGUACUGGGUGGAGUCCCUUCACGACGAAAAGAUUCCCUCGAACCCACUGCCGCCGGACUAUUGGAGCUCGUAUGACGGCGAUAACUCGCCCGAGACAAGCACCCUGACCUACGAGUGGAACUCAACUGUUACGCUGAAUGGUGUGCGCAUGGCAUUCUUCGCCGACCAGGCUGCGGGAGCGACCGAAGGCGUCCCUCCACCUGCGGACUGGCAUGUCGAGUACCAGACAGAUGCGGGAUCGUGGGAGAAGGUUGAUGCGUCCGACUAUCCUCUUGAGGUUACUGAUGACCCUGAGGAGGUUUCGUUCACGGAGGUCAAGACGUCGGCUCUGCGUGCCAUCCUGACCGCCUCGGGCAGCGGUGGCAAGUUCGGUGGUGUUGCUGUUAAGGAGUGGGAGGCGCUGGCGCCUACGGCGCAGUAAGUAAAGCUCCGAGC